AACGCACUUACCAACAGUAAUUCAUUGGCAAUGAUAAAAUGUGGUUAGUGCUAUUGGUAUUAGUGAUAACUCUUGUCUUAAUUUGUAUUAAAAGACAAUAUAGUUACUGGGAAAGAAAUGGGAUACCUGGGCCGAAACCAAUACCGAUAGCUGGUAAUUUUUAUAGGAGUUUUGUGGGAAAAAUAUCCGCUGGAGAAAUUAUUACCGAAAUUUACAAUAAAUAUGAAGGUUAUCCAUUUGUUGGAAUAUAUAGAGCUACUUCUCCAGUGUUAUUGGUCAGAGAUCCAGAUUUCGUCAAGAAUAUUUUUGUUAGAGACUUCAAACACUUCCACGACAAUGAUAUUGAAAUUGACAAAGAAGUAGAUCCCAUCUUUGGCAGGAAUCCAUUUGUUAUGAAAGGAGCCGAAUGGAAAAGUAAGAGAGCUCAAUUAACAACAUUGUUCACAUCAGGAAAGAUUAAAGGAAUGUACCAAUUUCUUUUAAGAUCCUCUAAUCGCAUGGUUCAAUACAUAGAAGACGAAACGAAGUCAUCAGAUGAAUUUGAAGCGAGAGAAAUUUGUGUGAGAUUCGCUCUGGAUAAUGUGGCUGCUUGUGCUUUUGGGUUAGAGGGAAAGUCAUUUGAUGAGCCAUAUUCGCAAUUCAGAGAGUUAGCUGAUAAUUUCAUAUCACCUGAUGGUAUAAGGAAUAAAAUUAUUGGCUUGUUGUUUGUUUUAUGUCCCAGUUUUUUCAAAAAAAUGAAAUUUAAAUUGGUACCAAAGGAUGUUGAAGAUAAACUAAUGGAAAUUGUUAAGAGUUCAUUAAAGUAUAGAAGGGAUAAUAAUAUUGUUAGAAAUGACUUUCUAGAUGCAGUGAGUAGUUUACAAAAGGAAGACGGCUUAUUUACCAAUGUAGAUAUUGUGGCAAAUGCUGCAAGUUUUUUUGGGGAUGGCUACGAAACAAGUUCGCGGGUCAUGGCUUUUUUAGUUUUUGAGUUGGCUGCAAAUCCUGAUAUUCAAGACAAACUUCGCAAUGAAAUUAACACAGUCCUAGAAAAUAACGAUAACAGUUUAAAUUAUGAAGUUAUUCACAAUAUGAAAUAUUUAGAUGCUUGCUUAAGUGAAAGCCUCCGAAAAAAUUCGAUCGUACACAACUUGAACAAGAUUUGUACCGAAGAUUACACGUAUACUCCAACAAAUCCCGAUUUCAAAAAUAUAACAGUAAAAAUCAAAGCUGGAGAAUCAGUUGUAGUGCCUCUAACCGGACUACAGAUGGAUCCUAAAUAUUUCGAUGAACCGCAGAAAUUCAAACCAGAAAGGUUUCUUGGUCCAAUUAGUUAUAAUAGAUCCACGUAUCUUCCAUUUGGAGAUGGGCAACGGGUGUGUUUAGGGCAAAGAUUCGCACAAACUCAAAUAAAAGUUGGUACUGCAAAUAUAAUCAAGAAUUUUAGAUUGAAGGUUAGCUCUAAGACCAAGUUACCAUUGCAAUUAGAUCCUUAUUUUAUCAUGCGCCACGCAAUAGGAGGAUUAUGGGUACACUUCGAAAAAAUUCAAUAAUAUAUAUAAUGAGAAUUCAACAAAAAAAACUAUGGAGAAAUUUAUAUUUUUAUAAUGUCGUUUAUGUAUGCUGUAGUUCUAAUAGAGACAUUUUGAUAGAAUUAAAAAAUCAAUAGAA